UUUUUAGGUUAUGUUAUGCUAUUUACUUUAAAAGAUAUCUUCGAAAUAAAGAUUUAAUGAUAGUGAUACAUAAUUGUGAAGAGAAAAUUGCCUUCUAAGCUCAAAAAAGUUGUAUGGUUCAAGAUUUAUUGCCCCUAGAUUUUGAAAAAGUAAAUUAUAAGCGGUGCUAAAUGCUUAAAUACGCUUUAUAUGAAAAAUUAAAUCGUUUCUCUACGAAUUUCAUGAUGAUAAAGUUAAUGUUGAUGGAUAUUUCACCACAUCUAGAAAUUUGGUUCGCCUCCCAAAACAAACCAAAGAAGGUUACAACGUUCUUCUCUACUCAGUUCGAGAUCCAGAUUACACAAAACUAGUUUUCAGCGACGCCGUGAAAGCUUUUUGCAUGUACAACGAUUGCGUUUUAUCCGAAGACGGAUUAUCGGAAGGUUACGUCGUCAUUUUCGAUAUGAAAGGGGUCGCUUUAGGACAUUUAGCAAGAGUUAGCCUCCCAGCGUUAAAAGCUUUCAUGGUUUACAUCCAAGAAGCUCAUCCAGCCCGAUUAAAAUUAAUCCACGUUUUAAACACUCCAAACUUCAUAAAUCACGUGAUGCGGAUUGUUUUACCUUUGGUAAAAUCGGAAUUAUUAUCAAUGGUAAAAUUUCAUAAAGGAAGAGUCCCAGAUGGAUUUCCAGUCGAGUUGAUGCCCUUAGAAUAUGGAGGUGAAGCCCCUAGCAUAGAAGUAUUAGACGCAACCACGAAGAGUAUGACACACAAAUAUAUAGAUUGGUUAAAAGACACAGAAAAGUUCCGUGUUGAUGAAUCAAAAAGGCCGAAAAAGCCAUCAUGGUGGUCCAUUUUUGGUUCGACCACUACUACUCAGCAAAGUCAAAAUGAAUUAACGAUCGAGCAACAAAAGGAAAACUUUUUUAAGAAUCUGCAAAUCGAUUAGAAUAAUUUAGCGGAAGAAAGAGGAUAAAUAAUAAUUAUAUCUCGGUGAGAUAAUGAUUUUCUCGAUUAGAGUAGUAUUAUUUUUUGUAUAUUUUUGUUGUAUAAAGAGGUUUUCGUUUAGAUAAUAAAGAAUGUAUUUGAA